UCGCCAGGAUUAAAGAUGGCGCUGACGGGUCGGCUUUUUGACGUGCCCCGACGUCCGCCGGAAGUGCGCGGAAGGCUUCCGGGGGACCCGUGGCCUCGGCGCGUAUGGUAUCCUGGGCUGCGCGAGUUGAGCGCUGUUGCUGCGCGCUGGAGUCCUUGCGCCGCCGCCGCCGCCGCCGCCGCCGCCGGGAUCAUGGUGUUCUACUUCACCAGCAGCAGUGUUAACUCAUCUGCUUACACUAUUUACAUGGGCAAGGAUAAAUAUGAAAAUGAAGACCUAAUAAAGUAUGGCUGGCCUGAGGAUAUUUGGUUUCAUGUGGACAAACUCUCUUCUGCUCAUGUAUACCUUCGAUUACAUAAGGGGGAGACGAUAGAAGACAUUCCAAAGGAAGUACUGAUGGACUGUGCCCAUCUUGUGAAGGCCAAUAGCAUUCAAGGCUGCAAGAUGAACAACGUUAAUGUGGUAUAUACACCGUGGUCUAACCUGAAGAAAACAGCUGACAUGGAUGUGGGACAGAUAGGCUUUCACAGGCAAAAGGAUGUGAAAAUUGUGACAGUGGAGAAGAAAGUGAAUGAGAUCCUGAACCGAUUAGAAAAGACCAAAAUGGAGCGGUUCCCAGACCUAGCGGCAGAGAAAGAAUGCAGAGACCGUGAAGAGAGGAAUGAGAAAAAAGCCCAAAUUCAGGAAAUGAAAAGGAGAGAAAAGGAAGAGAUGAAGAAGAAGAGGGAAAUGGAUGAACUUAGGAGCUAUUCAUCGCUAAUGAAAGUUGAGAAUAUGUCUUCAAAUCAGGACGGCAAUGAUUCAGAUGAAUUCAUGUGAAUGGAGAAAAGGACCUUUUUAAAGAUAUAAAUUUAGGGACAGUUGCAGAUGUUUUGAUUUCAUCCAUGUUCUGAGUUAUAAAAAACAACCAACCAAAAUUCUACCUUCACAAAAAUAUUACCAACUUUGGAGUUUUAAAGAAAAUUGUUCCCCUUUUUGCUGACAGAAAAGGAUCAGAUACAUAUAAUAUAGUUGGACUUGAAGACAGCAUAUAACUGAGGAAAGUGAAAAUAUUUUUGCCGGAACAUGUCCUUGUACCUCAUGAAACUUGCCUGCCCUCGUUCGUGGGAUAGACUUUAGAACAAUCCACCUCUGAAAAGUAUUUCUGUUGCUGUGGUCUGUCCCUGAAAACAAAUGUCUUGAAAAGCUUUUCAUAUUCUUAAAAUAGCCUCACUUUUGUUAAGAAGAAUGUAUUGGUGAGCAAUAUUUGCGAAUGUUCCCCUCAUCCCCAAUUUCCUGAUGAGAAAAAAAGCAUAUGUUUUGAAGAUAUAGUGAUAUUUUCAGAAGAUGGCUGGCUUCAGUAUUCACGUUCCUUUGUGUUGUCUGAGUCUGUUAGCAGAAUUGUCCUCAGCUCUCAGCUUGUCCUAGCUUCUACAUUCUACAUCCUGAGUGAGUGAGGGCCUCCACCUAGGCACCAUCAUACUUAAAGGAAUAGUCGGUGUUAGUCAAGUGUGGGCCUUGGGGCAGUUUUUGCUUGAGCACCAAGUAACCGAAGCUGCAUAUAGUACAACUUCCAGGCUCUGGAGUCAUUUCUCAGCACUGAGGGGAGAAAUAGGAAGGGAUGUUCUGUGAAUCAUUUUGAAGAUGUAGUUACCCAAUUUUUGUCUUGGAAUACGGCAUAAAGCAAAAGUUCAUGUUGCAAUUAUGAUUUUAGAAGAAUUAAGCAUUUCACUAGCCAGCCAAGUAAUUUGUUUAUCUUGAAAUAAUAUUUAUUUUGAGUUGUGACCCCAGAGUUCCGAUUUCUCAAUUGUAGACUCAGUAACUUACUAUGUAACAGUGCUACUCAUUCAAACCACCUGCUCUCCAGUGUGAUUCUGAAUAGAAGAUAUAUUUUUAUUGCAGCAUGUAAGGCAACCCCUGUAGAAAGAGACAAAACAGAAAAAUGAAAGGGAAAGAGAACAAAGCGUGCAGGUCAGGAGGCAUACAAAUUCACAUUUUAACCACACCCAGAGCCAUACACGCAGCAUUCUUCUUCUUAAGUCUAUUCCAACCCAACAAAAAUUAUCUCUUCUUCGAGGAUUCUAUCUGUAAUAGCACUUUGGGACUGUGGGUAAAACCAAAAGACUUCAGUCUUUCUAUUUAUCCCAACUUGGUGUAUGGGGUUGAACUGGAAAAUUCCCUGAGGCAGAACUCGGCCAAAUUUUGAGAUGGAGUAUAGGAGAUGACUCCAGAAAUUAGUAAUUUUGCGUGUGUGUAUUCCGAUGAUAUUCAGCCUGGAGUUUUGUGAUUUAAAAAUAUAAUAAAGAGUCAUUUUUUAUUUGGAAGGACA